AUGGAUUCCUAUGAAGCUACAAGGAUUGUUUUUGCAAGGAUCCAAAACUUGGACCCAGAAAAUGCUUCCAGAAUCAUGGGUCUGCUUCUGAUACAAGAUCAUGGUGAGAAAGAAAUGAUAAGGUUGGCUUUUGGCCCUGAAGCUUUUCUCCACUCAGUGAUUCUCAAGGCAAGGAAAGAGUUGGGAGUGCCCAUAUCAAACUCUCCUUCUACACCUUCCACACCUUCUUCACCUUCCCCCUUUCUUUCCACUAACCCAAUCACUAUCUCGAGGCAAAACUCUACUUCCUCGUCUUCCAGACUCUCUCUCUCCAUUCCAAACCCAUCUUCUUCCUCUGCUUCAGCUUCGUGGGCUGCUCUCUGUGAGCUUAGAAACCAAGAAGAAAAUAAUUUGAUCAUGAGCCCCAGCAGCAACUUAGCUCUCAAUGGGUCCUCUUCAUCAUCUUCCAUGAUGAAUUCCUCCUUACCCUUCUAUGGAAAUGGAGGGACUGAUGUGAUUGAUGAGUUUCAGCUUCAAGAGCAGCUCUCUUUCCUCAACGAUGGCACUCCAGCACUUGGUCCAAAAUCCCCUGAUUUUUUCUACCCCCAAACUGACUUGUCUUCAAGUCCUACCAAUGGUUCUGAUCCAGCCCUUUUCUCCUCUUACCAUGGCUCUGCAAAUUGGGGUGGUGGUGGUGGGCCCCUCCACCGGAGAAGCUGCUCUGUCAGUGAUGUGUGCUCGGAGGACCCAAACUCUGCUGGGUUUGGCUGGAAACCCUGCUUGUAUUUUGCAAGAGGCUACUGCAAGAAUGGAACCAGCUGCAGGUUCUUGCAUGGUGGACUUGGGGACUCUGUUGUCGAUGGUGGUGGUCAAAUGGCUGUUGGGUCACCGAGCAAGCUCGAGAUGAUGGACCAGUCAUGCCAUGAAGCACUUCUCAGAUCUAAAACUGCUCAACAGCAACAGCAAAGACUUGCUGCUGCUUCUCAGCUCAUGGCCUCAGCUAACUCCUUCCCUUACUCCUCUAAGUGCAUGAACUUCCUUCUUCAGCAGCAACAAACCGAUGCCCAAAGGGCUGCAGCUGCUGCUGCCUUGAUGAUGGGUGAUGAUAUGCACAAAUUCAGUCGAUCCCGGCUCGAAAGAACGGAUUUUUCGAUGAAUGGUGGUGGGGCAGGAAUGGUGAACCCAGCUUCAAGGCAAAUUUACUUGACUUUUCCAGCUGAUAGCACUUUCAGAGAGGAAGACGUCUCAAACUAUUUCAGCAUUUAUGGGCCGGUUCAAGAUGUGAGAAUCCCAUACCAGCAGAAGAGGAUGUUUGGUUUUGUUACAUUUGUGUACCCGGAGACUGUGAAGCUCAUUUUGGCCAAAGGGAACCCUCAUUUCGUCUGUGAUGCUAGGGUGCUGGUUAAGCCUUACAAGGAGAAGGGCAAAGUCCAGGACAAGAAACAACAGCAACAAGUGGACAGAGGAGAUUUGUCUCCCUGUGGUACACCUACUGGCCUGGAUUCUAGAGACCCUUAUGAUAUCCAGCUAGGAGCAAGGAUGUUUUACAAUCCUCAAGACAUGUUGUGGAGGAGGAAGCUGGAGGAGCAAGCUGAGUUGCAGCAAGCACUUGAAAUUCAAAGCCGAAGGUUAAUGGGUCUGCAGCUUCUUGAUGUGAAAAAGCAUCACCACCGUUCUCUUUCUUCCAGCAGUCCCAUUCAGUCCCCUACUCAGUCUCCAAGCAUGUUUAAUCAAAACCUAAUAUUUCCUUCAAUUCCCAAUGGCCCAGAAGUUCCGCAAGAGAACUCUACACCGAUGCCACCCACUGCUUCAGAAGUGGAUGACGAUCAGUUGCUUAAGGAAGCGGCGCAUGUUGUGUUAGGUAAAGAAGUAAUGGUCAACAAUGAUGAAAAGGGCAGUGGCAGUGGCAAUGCCAAUGCCAAUGGAAAUGGUGAGGAGAGCCCCCGCGAUAAUGUCAAUAACUUGCUUGAAAGCUUGGAGCACAACCUUCCUGAUAGUCCUUUCGCGUCUCCAACGAAAGGCGCCGGUGAGUACACGUCCUCCUUCCCCAGUGGGACUACUGAGGCCAAUGACUCCGAUGCCUCAGCUGCUAACAUGAACUUGGCCACUUCACUACUCCCAGCAGCUUCAACACUCGACAUGGCAUCCUUCAAGUCUUUCAACUGCCAAAUUCCAAGGUUGUCCUCUGGCCAUGGAACCAUAGGAGGGAUGUAUGGGGGCACAGGAGCUGGACCGAAGUGCCCGGUUGGAACUUCCUAA